CGGCAGAUGAAUUACUUUUAACCUACUUUUUCUCUUAUAUCUUUUCUAUAGAAUCUGUUGCAAGUAAUCACACCCAAUUAGCGCCCAUAAAUGAUGCCCGAAAUUGAUCGCGACGCUGUUGCGGAAAUGGUUAGUGGAGCACAUGCGCCUAUUUUCAGCACCGCCGCACUACUCGCCAAGGAGCAGCAGAAAUUCAAAACACACUCCCGCCUACAGGCGUCCCUAGCCGAGCAGGAGCAACUUAACAUGGCCGCCGCCAGCUCGUAUGUCUAUCAGAGUCCUUUGACCAUCCCACCACACGGCCACCCGCAGUACAACAAUUUCGGCUUAAAUAAUAACAAUAUUGGCGCUUUAAAUCACAAUAUGGCUGCACAGCAUUUGGUCUCUAGCCAUGCUUGCAUUAGCCCAAGUAGCAAAGAAAAGCUCGCUAAUCUGCUGAAAGUGCGCGACCCUGAACAGCGCAUUGCGGGUAAUUUCCUACAGAAGACACUCGAGUCUACGCCACGUCCCUCGCCAACCAGCUGUUACACCAAUGGCAAUGGCAGUGCGGUACACUUGGAGGCAGCUUGUUUAUCUGCACCACCAAUACACACACCGCUUUCGCCACCCCCACCACCACCGCCACGCGCCAAAACCCCACAUCCACAUCGUUUGGAUGCAGCGCCGCCUUCAAUCAAACCAAACAAAAUACAAAGUGAUCUCGAACACAAAGCCAGCAAUGCCCCAGAUAGCUGGCAUCCGCAUGUGUACGCGCGUCCACCUAUGCGACCCACUCCGCAUGCCAUUGCGGAUAUUCUUGGUUGGCGUGGCGUCUCUUCGCCGGGUCAGCAACACAUUUUGGCUGCCAACAACAGCAGCACCACCAUAAUGCAACGCGAAACAAUGGAUGAGUCGUCCAAUUCAUCAUCUAAUGCAGCUAUGCCGCUGCCUCCAGUACCCGCCAAAUCGCCAAAAAGUAUACUACGUACUUUUCAGCAACAGUUUGCGCAGCAGCCGAAAUCGCCACAACGUGAGCCCAGCCACUUGCGUAGCGCAUCGGUGAGUGAGGCCAGUGAGGAUGAUGUGAAUGGUGGCAUAUUGGAUCAACCAUUGGAUCUGUGCGUGCCGAAGAAACCACGCGAAUCGCAUUCACCCCCACCACAUGUGAAGCAAUCACAGAUAAUGGCAAAGGCGGGCAGCAGUAAGAAAGAUGCCAAUCACAUAGGCAAAUCGAGUGUUAAGAAGAAAAAACUUGCUGCCGCCGCUGCUGUUUCCGCGUCAAGCGCAGCGCUGCUGGUGUCAGCGUCGUCGACUGUUACGGCACCAGCGUCGAUGCCAGUGCCGGAUGUGAGUCCUACCGGCAGCAGCGAUAGCUUGAUGCGAGACAAGCAAUUUCCCACAGUUAGCACACCACCAGCCUCCUCAACGGGUGCCAUAGAGACUACCGAGGACGACUCGGAUUCGGGUUCGACAGAUGCGCGACGGAAGAAGAAAGCGCGUACCACCUUCACCGGUCGUCAAAUAUUCGAAUUGGAGAAGCAAUUUGAGAUAAAAAAAUAUCUCAGUUCGAGUGAGCGCACAGAAAUGGCCAAGUUGCUGAAUGUAACCGAGACACAGGUAAAAAUCUGGUUCCAGAACCGUCGCACCAAAUGGAAGAAGCAGGAUAAUGUCUCCAAUACAGAGGUCGCUGAACACAAGACCACAAAUACUUCGAAAAAUUCAACAGAAAACGGCAAAACGCAGACCGGCACAGCGUCAACGAGUUCAAAUGCCACCGCUGCAACAACACCAACGGAAAUUUUGGGUAAAAAAUCGCAAAACCAUAACAACAAUAACAAUAAUCAACACAAUAUUAGCAGCAAUGGUAGCGCUGAAAAGAGUCGCACAGCCGCCGCAGGCGAAUUAAGCGCCAAAGUAACUGCAAAACAAGCGACUAAAAUCAAGAAGCAACUCAAUGCGCUCUUGGAGAAAACCACGAAAAAUGCAACGACGCCGGGUGCCAACAGCAAUAGUGCAUUGCUGGUCAAUGGUGGCGCAGCCAAUGGCGUUACAGCACCGACAACAACGGGGGCCGGCGGAAAAGUGAGCAACAACAACAACAACAAAAACGCGACGGAAAGUGCACAUCAACAUCCGCACAAUCACCAACACCAUCACCACCGCGUUGUACACCACUCGCACUCGCAUGGCCAUCAUCGACAGCACGCCAUCCCGCUGACUGUCGAACCGGCUGCACCAUUGGAGCAAACAGAGAAACUCGAAAUCAAAUUAGAGGAAUCACCACAGCAUCGUGAACUGCAAUUAAGCCUGUUGCGCGCUGCCAACAGUCACAGCCCAUUGCAUUUUAGCGACAUGGAUUUCGAAAGCAAAUUGGCUGCUUCGAAAAUAUCGAAUGCGCUGCUUAGCGCCAAAUUGAAUGCCGAUAGAACUGAGACGACGAGACGACGCAGUAGCAGUAGUAGUAAGGAAAAGGAGUUACAAAAGGUGACAGUGAAAGCACGAGCUGAAAAACAGUUGAAAGUGCAGGAUGAAAAUGCGUCAGAUAUGAGAGGCGAAGAGAUGCAGAUAGAAGAGGAAACAGAUGUAAAAACACCAACUGGUGAUGGGGAUGAAUUCGAAGAGCAUGCGGAGGAGGAUGCAGAGAUGCGUGAUGCUGAGAAUUAAAUGAAAAAGGGAAAGUACGAAGAGAACACUUUAUGGAGGGAUCUUCCAGUCAAAAUGAACUGUGCCAAAAAUUAUAUAAAAACACGAAAUUGAACAAAAUGUUAUUUUUUAGAAAUUUAUGUAAUUGUAUUGCAAAUCUAACUGCAGUUAUAUAAAGAAAAGCUCAAUUAAUGCAAAUAUAGAUUACUUUAAGUUAUGUAUAUUAUAUAUUAUAUCUAUAUAUAUGUAUGUAUGUUUUUGUGUAGAAGUGCGUAAACUAAGAAGAAGUGAAAACUAAAUUAAACAAAAUCAAUUGAACAAACAAUCGAAUUAAAGUAAAUAGUUUUUGCUAAUGCUAAUGCUUAUUGUAAAGAAUAUAAUUUUUCUAUCCUAUAUGCAGGCCGCAAUUAAUCAACUAAGAUAAAAAUUUAAGAACGCUCAAUUGUUGCUUAAGUGUUGCCAUAAAUUCAAUGGAAAGAAAUUUAGAUUGAAAAAUGUAACUAAAUUAAGAAAGUAGUGAUUAUAAGAAAGUAUAAAAAAUGCGAAUAUAAGUGAACUACAUACAAAUGUAGAUAUUUAUGGGUACAUGAAGAGCUUUUGAAUCUAUGUUAAUUUCGAUGUAAUGUGAUAAAUGGAAAUGUGCAAAAACAAAAUAAAGGAGCACGAGCAGAAUUAAAUGUAUACGAAAAUGCUGCAUAUAAUGAUAUAUACAUACAUACGUACCUUGCUGUGGGCUUUUCACAAAAAAGAACUCACAUACGUAUGUAUAUCCAAAGAAGCAAUUUUUCUGGUGAACGAAAUCUCACAUUAAAUUCAUUAAAAAUAGUUGUCUGCGUAAAAUUUAAAACUUCGUUUAAGAUGUUUCGGAUUGUCCGAUUUGGCUCAAAUAUGCACUGUUUUGUUGUAUAAUUUGUUGCCAUUUUAAAGGUAUCUUCAUAAUGCCUCUCUCAUAGAAGUCUUGGUCCUUAUUGGCGAAAAACACUAGUAAGCGAUUUUCACCAUCUUCACUUAAUACCAAUUUCUUAUCACUCAGGAAGUUUUACAAUGAGGGAAAAAGGUGGUAAUCACUUGGUGCCAGGUCCGGCCUAAAUGGUGGAUGCAUUAAAACCAACCUCCCGGAGUUUUUUGGCGAGUCACGAUCGUUUGACCACGAACUCUGUAACACAUUGAUUUUUCUAUAUUCUGCAGCAAUAUUUAUUAGCACCUUAUUUAAGUGCAAAUCAAACUUAAAUACGAAAUUCGGUUAUAUAAAAAAAAAUUAUCCGGGAAAAAACAUAAAAUUUAUAGUGGCUCCAACCUCCAGAUUUAUUUAUCACUUUAAAAAUCCGGUUCGACAUAGAAAAUCUGAAAUGGGAAUUUAUUUCAUGUAAUUUAAAUCUAUGGUUACGGAACCUUACAGACUAGAGGUACAAAAUAAUUUAAUGAUUAUUUCUAAAGAUAAAACUUAAAAGAUGUCAUACAAUUCAUUAUCAAUUCGAUCGAUUUAAUCUUUGGCAUGACUGGUAUGUCUUACAGACUAAAGGUGAACAGUUUUACUUAGUACUGAUGUAAAUGUUAAUAAUAUCUGCCCUUUUAUGUUAUUGACAUUUUCAUCAGUACCAUCAAAGGUACCUAUAACAUAAAUGGGCAGAUGUGAAUAACAUUUACAUGAGUACAUCUCUCAUAAAAGGGCAAUAUAAAGUAACAGUACAGAGCGUCAAUAGAAGAUUUAAAAGCAGACCUUGAGGAUGAAAAAUCAAUAUUUAUUUAUUGAGAUUUUAUUAUACCCCAAAAGGGCUCUGGUUAUAUGUGUAAAGUACCUGGAGAUAAAAUUGAUUAUGAACACGAAGAGCUUUCCUACGUAUAUUAAAACUAAACUGCACGAGAAGCUCAGUACAGUCAAUGGAACCACUGAUUACUUCGUAAACAAACAUAGGAGACUGGAUUAUUCUUCUGCUUUCAACUGCUCUUCAAAUUUUAUCAGUUGGAGUGCAAAGCGAAUGUACUUACGUUGCACCAUUUCUAUUCUAAUAGCAGGAAAUUAUAGAUCGGGCUCCAUAUGAUACACGGGCUUACACGGGUUUUAAACGAACUGGAGAGUGGUAGAGAAGCUUUCUGGUAUACUAAUCGUUUAAAAAUCGUUUGAGUAGCAGCGCAAAAAUGUCAGGAAGGACAUAACAUAUAUGAUUUUUUUAACGUAAAACAUUUAGCGAACACAACUGGAAAAUAAAAAAAAUUGUUUACUAAAAUAAGUUGCUGUUUAAAGGCAUUAAAAACGAGACCAUGCUUCCAUAACAACGUUACGUAGCUCUUCUACCAUCUGAAACUUACGUCUUACAGCUUUAACUUCUUUCGAGUAUAAAUAUUAAUCCACAUGUUCUCGACCGGAUUUAAGUCUGGGGGAUCCUGAUGGUCACUCUAAUACUUGAAUUUGUUUUUCCUGAAGCAAACUUCGUUUGGCAAUUCACGUGUGGCAUCUUGCUUAAAUAUGAUGAUAGUGUCUGGCAGCUGUUCCAAAAAGACUUCGACGAACAAAUUUAUGUACUCUUUUGAGUUCACACGUCCGGAAAUUUUGCACAUGAGUAUCUUGUUGUAAUAACUGAAACCAGCGCAAAUCAUCAAAGAAUCACCUUCAAAGUUUCGCUAGCUAGAAAAAUACUCUGGGUCCUUCAAAUCAUGCCGGUAGUAAUUAAAACCGUCAGGACCGUCGAGAUUGCAUUUUUUUUCGCCCGAAAUUAUCACUUUAUUCACUCAUCCCUCCAUAACAUACGCUAUUUUGCAAAUUACUGUCUGGCACGUUUGUGUGACUCCGUCAGCACCGGUUUUGAUUUCAAUUUUUUGCAACCUAGUCGAUUACUAUCGGCAAAUAUGUUCGCGCGCUACGUUUGCAAACUGGUUAUAUAUAUAUAUAUAUAUAAUUGGCACGUACACCCUUUUUGGGUGUAUGGCAGAGCUCCUCCUCCUAUUUGUAGUGUGCGUCUUGAUGUUGUUCCACAAAUGGAGGGACCUACAGUUUCAAGCCGACUCCGAACGGCAGAUAUUUUUAUGAGGAGCUUUUUCAUGGCAGAAAUACACUCGGAGGUUUGCCAUUGCCUGCCGAGGGGCGACCGCUAUUAGAAAAUUUGUUUUCUAAAUUUUGGUGUUUUACCGAGAUUCGAACCGAAUGGUAGUCACGCACCAACCCAUUCGGCUACGGCGGCCGCCAUUUAAUCAUUUAUAAUUUUCCAUGCCGUUGUAUUUUUUUUUUAGACCAGCUUCAAUAAUAGCGAAUGGUUGUCGCGGAGAUAACUUUUGAUUAUUUUAAUUUGACUGCUUCGUGUUAUACUUUUUCUUUAGUUUUACGAUAUAAUCUAUUACUCAGGCCGCGCGAUUUAAUUUAAUGGCAAUUUGUCUGUUAGCCUAGCCAGUGACCUUAUAGGCAUGGACCCGAGCAAUCUCUUCAGGUGUUAAUGUUUUUCUUUUUCCCAUGAUGACUGUUUGUAAGAAUUUAUGGCGUUUUGAAAUAUUUAAUAGCUAAAUAAAAUUUAAACUUUAAAUAUACGCACAAACUUAAUGGGUUUUAUACCCAAAUUGCACAAUUGGGAGCACACAACUGUCUUUAAUUGAAUUUCGCAACAAAACUAGCACCCCAACGAAAACUAAAAAAAAAUAUCUAACGGUACUUGCAUUUCUUGUGCAAAACAUGACAAAAUAAUCAAAACGCAACACUUUGAGCACAAAAACUAGGUACCGUUAUGAUUGAAACAAAUAUUAACAGCAGGAAUUCCAGCUGCUUUAAUUGAACUUCGCGAAGUGUAUUUAAGUUAAUGUUACACUAUUCUGAAAUAAUAUUGAAUGAGUGUGAUUUUUUGGGUCGGAAAUAAUAGUUUAUCAAUCAUUUACCUUCAAGUGUCUUCAGCAAGUUCACUAUAGUUUGGCCCAUUAUACUAUAUUUUCUUCUAAACUUCACUUCAGUUCAUAAAAUAUGCAGCCACACACCUCUUUUUACUUGUUUUUAUGCUUAUAUUCAAAGCAGCUCAAUGAAAAUUAAAUGCAAAUGCAUUUAUAAUAUUUAUAAAUAUCAUCACUUUCCAACUUUAAACGAGAAUUACAUUUCGUUGGAAUUGACAACAGUAUUGUGUUGCCGGAUGCCUGCAAAUGAAAAUAUGAACGGAAAUGAAGUAUUUGAAUUCAGUGUUGAUGAUGGGGAUGGAGUUAUCGUGCCUCCAUACUGUACACAUACUUAUGACGUUUUAAUUAAUGAAGGCAACUUGUUUUGAAGCGCGGCCAUAGGCCUCCCAUGCAGAAAGAAACUCUAGAAAUGUACAAACAACCUCUUUUCCAACGUCUCUGUAAAAUUCAACCUGCAUUCGAACUUCUUUCCUUUUUGUGGUGUCCGGCAGUACAACUUUUGGCUUAAUUGCGUAACUUUCACAAGAAAUUACUUAAAAACUAUAAGCUUCCGGUGGAUACAGUUUUUAGUUGUAAGAUGGGGAUAUACCCCACUACCGCUUUUUUUUCAAAGCGUGCGACAUUAUACUGAAUAUUCCACGAGUUUUUAACAAAUAAAAUUAAAAAGUGCAUCUUGAAUUGCUUAACAAGUUUGAGCUAAAAAACUUUGAAAUAAUGCCAACUUGCCAGAUUAUAAAAAGCAAUAUUUCUCGUUCUGUGAAAUUAAAAUACAAAAAUUAAAGAGCGAAAGUAUACUUUGCCAUUGGCUUCCCUGAUAUUUUAACUUAAAAGUGCAAAAGAGAUUUUCGCCCAAAUAUUUUAGGUUAUGCGGCAGCUCAACCUUCUUUUAUCGAAAAAACAACAUACACAUCAUCUUAAACUGCAAGUUUUCCUCUUUCGAAUGCCAUUGAGUUUGCUUCAAUCAAUUUUUUGCGCAUUUAAACAUUUUUAAAUUUAUAAUUUUCACAACAUUCGAUAUUUAGUCAACAGUCAAACAUCAAAAAGGUGAAAAUUUUUAGAAUAAAAUCUCUGAAUAAAAGAAAAAAAAUAUCGCAUUCAGUAUAUCAAUAACCUUUAGAAAAGUAUACUCUAGUUGUUACUUGAACUUCCUGUCGGUCUGAUUCUUCUAUUUCUGUAUUUUUUGUCAGUAAGUAUAAGAUACAUAUAUUUUUUUUUAACUUUCACUUUUGAUUUCUCGUCAUCAAGUUAUGCGAGUUGUGCACACAUAAUUUACACACUUUCUUACUAAAACAUAUGAAAUUAUUUUACCAAACUCACUUUAAAGAAAUAAGGAAGUCCAGUUCGCGCCGAACUUUACAUACCCCGUUUAGUAAAAUUACAAAAAAAAAAAAUCAAACCUUUUCCUCUUAUCAUUAUGAUACACUUGUCGGCAUUGUUGUUGCAGCAUAAACAUUUCCCAUACAUGUUUGGGAAUGCUGCUGGAGUGACAGUCCUUGGCCGGAUAUAAAUCACACACAAAUCCGCAUACAAAUCCGAAAUAUAUUGAUUUAAUGCAUUCAAAUUCUAUGGACUCAGGAAUAAGACAAUGGAUCGCCUUCAAGAAUUAUACCUAUAACUAUGUAAAAUAUUGGAAAAUUUCAUUAUAAAGAACAUUUUGGUUGUCAAAUGUCCACAGAAAUGCACGUAUGUAUGUAUAUAUGUAGAGUGUAGCAUCAAAUGAAAUCUCACCCAAAAUGAAUUAUGCUCAAACGUAUAGUAGCAGAAUCAUUUUCAGCUAAUUUAAGGGGUAAAAGUAAAUCCUUUGAAUCAUAUGUAUAUUCAUGCUUAUGUACAUAGUUCAUAGUCAUGUAUGUGUGUACAAUUGCACGUGUUUACCAAUAUUGAAUGUAUAGAAAUAAAUACAUAUAUAAUUCAAACUUUAACUAUUUAUUGAAUGUACAAAACACGAGCAUUGUAAGCUUAACAAUAACUGUGCGGAAACAAAUUAAAAAGAACGCAAAUAAAUAUAUUAAUUAAAUACAAA